AGCAGCGGUAGCAGCACAGGGGGCAAGUCGCCCACGCGUUGCUCUAUUUUUAUUAUUUUAGUUUUAUUAUUUGUGCUACACUCGCCGCCGCCGCCACCACCACCACUCUCACACGCGGCACGAGCCGGGCGGUGUGGUUCCUUCCGACCAGUGGCGGCGUCGUCGUCUUGUUGAAGGAGCAAAGGAGGAGAGAAUUUCUCUCUCCCCCUACACGUGAAGGGAGCGGACGGGCACCGCGUGGAGACGUCCACGGAGACGCGUCACGACGUCUGCGCGGGCGGAGGGGCCUCUGCCGCAAGCUUUACUCGACCACAACCCCAAGCCAUCUCGUCUCGUCCUCCUCUGUGAGUGUGGCUACCUGGGGGGUGACUGCUGUGCUCGUCUCGUGCCUGGGGGUGGCGAUGCUGUCGGCUCUGCAGUGCGGGCGCCUCGUGGCCCGCGCCGUCCUCGGGGGCCUCUCCCUGGGCGACUCUCGCGAAUUCUCGCUCGUCACGGCGAGCUGCGGGUUCGGCAAAGACUUCCGCCGACUCGGCGUGCUCAAGAAGGGGAUGUGCUUCGGGGACGACGCAUACUUCAUCGCGAGACAUCGGUCGGCCGACGUGCUCGGUGUGGCAGACGGCGUGGGCGGGUGGCGUGACUACGGCGUGGACCCGUCGCAGUUCUCGGCGACGCUCAUGCGCACGUGCGAGCGGCUGGCACGCGAAGGCCGCUUCGUGCCCUCCAACCCCGUGGGCAUCCUGUGCGCCAGUUACGCCGAGAUGCUGCAGCACAAGGCUCCCCUGCUAGGCAGUAGCACGGCGUGCGUCGUGGUGCUCGACCGGAGCAGCCACAAGCUGCACACGGCGAACCUCGGCGACUCGGGCUUCCUGGUGGUGAGGGGCGGUCGUGUCGUGCACCGCUCGGACGAGCAGCGCCACUACUUCAACACGCCCUUCCAGCUCGCCAUCGCGCCGCCCGGCGCCGAGGGAGCCAUGCUCAGCGACAGCCCCGAGGUGGCGGACAGCUCGUCCUUCGAUCUGCAGCUCGGCGACAUCAUCCUCACCGCGACAGACGGCCUCUUCGACAACAUGCCCGACCACAUGAUCCUGCAGGAGCUCCGCACCCUCAAGGGCUCGGACAUGGAAAGCAUCGGGCAGACGGCACGCAGCAUCACAGAGCAGGCUCGCGAGCUGGCCUACGAUCCCGAGUACAUGUCGCCCUUCGCCCGCGACGCCUGCAGCAACGGCCUCAACCUCAGGGGCGGGAAGCCGGAUGACAUCACCGUACUUUUGUCAAUAGUUGCGGAGUACACAGACUGACUAACCAUGGCGCUCUGUCGUGCUCCUCGAGAUUGAAGUGGCCGUGCCGUCACUCGCCAUCUCUGCGACACUGCCCAUCCCCAUCCUUCCUGCCUCCGUCUUCCCCUCCACCUGCAAUCUUGCACCUUCUUGCCACCAAUUUUUUUUUGGUUUUGUUCAACCGGAGGUCAACUUCCGCUCGACGGUCCCUCCCGCCGCCACUCCUCUCCCUUCCAACUCGCAGCGACGAGAACGUCGGAUGGGGGAGGAAAGAGAGGGCGCCAGGAGACGCCAGGUUGCCGUGGUUCCCGCAGAGGGCCGUGUGACCCUGUGAGACCGACUCUUCACGCGCUCGCACCGUGGGGAGCCAGCAGCAAGCCCCCCCCCCCCUUUAUUCGUCCUGUUUUUCGGAGGAGGAAAAAAAUCCCGGACUUGUGAGACAUCGUUGCGCGCACUGACUGCAUAAUCCUCACGCGCGAAGCGACGUGGGAAGUCUCACCGCUGCUGCGUGUCGCCCCCUUUCGUGCUCCUGCACCGCCACCGUCGAGAGAUCUCGGCUCUCCGAUCGCCGGUGGUUCGCCUCCUCCAGCGAUGCUGUGGUUUUUCACUCCCCCACCCGACCCUUCCUCGGCGUCGCAGGAUCCUUCGAGUGAGGGAUGGCGGGGCGCGCACAUGCCGCGUCGGCCCCGCAACCACAGUGCGUGCGUGCCACGUGCCAGAGGAGAUAGGAAUUGGCGGAUUACGCCACGUUAAAUGCCGUCCCUAUUACUUCCUAAUGCCCUCUUACCACCGCCCUCUUAUCGUGUAUAUUAAUGCCUUUCUUAAUUGCAGCCGUGAGUAAAUUGUGCUGAAACAAAGCAAGUGAAGACUUGAAAACCUAUUGCAAAAAAGAAACUAGAACAUUAUGUAUAUAUAUAUGUAUACGUUCCAAUAUAAUUUUUUUUCCACUGAACGUGAAGGGAAAGAUCUGUAGCUUUAACCCGCUGGCUUCCGUUACGUAUUCAAGAAAGACGAGUCGCCCCUAAAAUGGUCUGUUCGGUGAAAAAAACAUUUUCUUGUGAAUGUUUUUAUUUUCAUAUUGUUACUGUUAAUAGUGUUAUUAAUGUUCUUUUAAAAAAAAAAUCAAUAACCUCUGUGGUCGCUGAAGCAGCAACAAUUUUAAUACCAUCGGCAUAUACGUAUACAUAUAUAUUCAACGAAGAAACUCCUUAAUUUAUUAUGUGACGUGCGUACGUGUGUACGUGUGUGCAGAUUCCAUCCCACUUGUAUGUAAAAUACUUAUUUAUUCGGUGCCGUAGGGUUGUGCCGCGCGAGUGUGAGAGAGAUGGGUGUCUGGGUCGGUCCUGUGUGCUCGUACGUUUGGCUUGCGUGAGUGGGCGCCGUUUGGCUUUCCUAACAGGGGAGGGGGGGGGCGCCCUCGAUUGCGCCUUCGGUAAGUGCCGGUGCCGGACAAGUUCAAGCAUUGCAUUUCUUUUCAGAAUGUGACGAACCAACAAGUCGUUCUUGGCAUCGUGCUACGGCUGCUCCUGGGGGGUCAUGGAAAAAGGAAAAAAAAUCUAUUUGCGCUCUCUCAGAUUCUUGUAACGUUAUAUUUUUAAUACACAGUAUUUAACUUCAAUUUGACAUUAGCGAGUGCCUUCCCAUUGCUGAAAAAAAAACCCGAUGUAUCCCCCCCCCGCUUACACGAAUUCUUUGGAGACACGUAUCUGAGAAGCUGACAAAGUUUAUUUUCAUGGCCGUCGGUGAGUGCGUUCUCAACGCCCCCCCCAACCCCCAGGUGUCCGUCGCCCCAUAAAUCUCCGCGUUUUACCAAUCGACGGGCCCGUGCAGUGCGCUCUGGACAUUUGCGGCAAGCGGACAAGAUUUGAGGACAGGUUGAAACCCGAAGCGUGGAUGGGGGCAACUCAUUGCCGCCUGGGUGUUUGGGAGUGCCAGUGUGCGGCACCGUUUGUCACGCGAUGUCCUUGCGUCGGUUUAUUACGGCCGCGUGCGGAGGCAUGCAGCAUCGGGCACCAGGAGCAGAGUCCAAAUGUGUGGUUGUCGCGAAGGUUACUUAAUGUGUGGAGACUUGAGAAGGAUGUGAUGCUUUAAAAAAAAAAAUCAGUUUUUGACUCAUGGCUUUGAUUCUCAUACAACAUAACCUUGGCGCAUGACAAUAUAAAGGCAUUAGCAGCGUGUGUGUGGGUGCGUGCGCUGGGAAAAUGAGCGUAGCGAAGUGUGCGCUUUCACCGUAAAGCUGUAGGUCACUGUGCGGUUUGUUUUGAAGCAAUACCAUACGUUACCAGGUGCACCGCAGACAAAAAUGCAACAUUGUAAAAAAAAAAUAAAGGAAUGUCAGAGACUUUU